AUGUCGCCGUCGUACUCGCGUCUCAUCUGCGAACGGGCCAGCUUUGUGCAGCAAGUGCACCCGCGACUUCGGACCAGUCUCGCCGCGCCUGCCGUUCCCUGCUCGCGACGUCUGACCACUACGCGUGCCAGCAAGCAGAACGGCACCUGCCCCUCGUGCUCCUUCCGCGAAUGGGAGAACCUGGGAUGCGCCCGAGCUGUGCGUGUCGCCCCGAUCCGGAAGAGCCUUCGAUGCAAGAACAAGGACCGCUUCAAGAAA